AUGAAGCUGAUAUCACAAAAGCAGUUCAAAGACGUCGAGGAGGAGCAAAUCACACUGCAGCCCGAGGAGCCCGAGGACAUGUGGCACGCAUACAACCUCAUCGUCGUCGGCGACCGCGUGCGCGGGCACGCCAUCCGCAAAGUCAGCGUCACCAACACGGGCACCGGCGCGACGCAGUCGGAGCGCGUGCACGUGGACCUCACCGUCAAGGUCAAGUCGCUCUUCUUCGACCCUGCCGCGUCGUCGCUGCGCGUGUCGGGCACCAUCUGCUCCGAGAACGAGCACGCGCCGCUCGGCUCGCACCACACGCUCGACCUCGAGGUCGACCGGCCGUUUACGCUCAUCAAGGCGCACGGGUGGGACAGCGUCGCGCGCGAGGCGCUCGCGCAGGGCCUCGGCGACGACCGCCACCGCGCGACCGCCACCGUGGUCAUGCAGGAGGGGCUCGCCAACAUCUGCCUCAUCACCGAGUUCCGCACCGUCUUCAAGGCCCGCGUCGACCACGUCGUGCCCCGGAAGCGCGACGCCGCCGCCACCCAGGACGCCGGCGUCCACAAGUUUUACGAAAAGACGCUCGCCACCCUGCUGCGCUCCGUCGACUUUGCCGCCCCCCGCCCGCUGCUGCUCGCCAGCCCGGGCUUCGUCGCCGCCGACUUUAAGAACUACAUUGCCCAGCAGGCCCGCGACAGGUCCGACAAGACGCUCGCCGCCGUCGCCAAGCAGGCCACCGUCAUCCACGCCAACUCGGGCCACAUGCACAGCCUGCGCGAGGUGCUCAAGAGCCCCGCCGUCAUGGCCCAGAUGCGCGACAUGAACUUUGCCAAGGAGGCCAUCUUGAUGGAUAAGUUCUUUGAGCUGCUCAAGCGCGACGACGGACGCGCCUGGUACGGCUCUCACGCCGUCCACAAGGCCGUUGCCGACGGCGGCGUCGGCCCCGGCGGCGGCACCCUGCUCAUUAACAAUUCGCUGUUUCGCAGCAACGAUUUGGAGGUGCGUAAAAAGUACGUCGCUCUCGUCGACAAGGUCAAGCAAGACGGGGGCGAGACGCGCGUGCUGAGUAGUGAUCACGAAAGCGGACAGCGCCUCAAGAUGCUGGGCGAUAUUGCUGCGAUUCUAAAUUAUCCCAUGCACGACUUGGACGAGGAUGAAGAAGAAGAGGAGGCGCAGCCUGAAGUAGACAGAACACGGUAUGAAGAAGAUGAUGAUGUUGGGAUGCUGGAGAAUGUUAUUUGA